AUGGAUUGCCAUUCCACACGGCUCAUGGCAGAGUUGGAACCGGGCCGGCAGACCGGCCGGUCACCAGCCGGUGCCGCUAAAAUUGCAAAAUCUAUUUAUGUUAUUCAAACAUCGUCAGCUGAAUCUGAAAGACAUUUUUCAACAAGUGGACAAAUUGUCACUGAACAACGAUCACAAUUAGAUCCUGAAUGUGCUGAAUCGUUAGUAGUUCUGAAAGAAGCAUAUUUAAAUAAUAAUUGGCCGAAAGAAUAA